AUGAUUCAAGGCAUAUUCUUUGCGCGCUUCCUUCCUCAGCAGGGGACCAAGGUUGUCCAUCAAAGCCCGCCAGGAUGCAUCGUAUCCGAGCCUGGAGUUGACAAGCACCGCUUCUUCGACUUCGAAACAAUGGGCGAGUACAUCAUACCUAGGCAAGGCUUCUGCAACCGAUAUGUCACGAUCUGCGAUCCCGAAGACAAGUAUCGAAUUCUUGGUCACCCAGUUUGUAUCAAAGAUGAAAAGUAUGUGCGAAAUGAAUUCAUGUUCAAUUUCUGUAUCGUCAUUGGCGUUGAGGUCGAUAUGCAUCCAUAUGAAGCCGUGGUUCGACGACUGGCCAGCACCUUCACGGAGAUGGAGAUUCAGAAUCAAUUUCUAAGUCAAGAAGACCUCUCAACUUCGAAGGAUCGCCGCUCGAUUGCUGCUCUCAUUGAGAUCAUCAAGGAAGACUUGAACAAUUACAAUGAGUGCAUGAUCCCAGUUGACGAUGCAAACACAAUAAAUAUGAAGCUUUUCCCUAUUCACAGGCAUCCUCCGCCAGUGAAGUCUUGGCACGUCCCAAUUUCCAAGAUGAAGUUCACCGAGAUCAUGGAUGACACCUGGGACCUUACAAUGAAGAAGCUCAUCGCCCAAAUCGACGGCAUCAAAGACGUCCGGCGCAUCGCUCAUGAUGCAGAUGUAGCUCUUGACUUGACGAAGAUUGCCCUCCAACACUUGCUUUACCACGAUUCAAUCCUGAUGCUGGAUAUCUUCCUCUUUGGCAAUAUCUAUGCUCCAGCUCCCGAGAUGAACGACUUCAUAAUCGACAAAGACGGUAUGCAAGAUGAAUGCUCAAACUACGUCUACAUUAAUGGCCCACGCCUCCCGAAAUUCUAUCUUUGCCGUCUUUUCACCUCACUCUGCACCUCUCGAACAGUCAAGGAAUGGCUGAAGAUGCAUCUUGACCAAGGCUUCCCUGUUCUGAAUUAUGUCGAUGUCCGACGAUUCAUUCAAUUCGGCGUCAUCAAGGGCCUAAUUUAUAGGGUUCACAAAUAUGCUGUUUCUUCACAAUACCUGGCUUCCUUAGUCACUAGACAAAGCAUCAAGAUCGAAGGAGGAGAUUUGCUGCAGAGCUACACAGAUGGAUGCCAUUGCUUCGACCAGAUAACUGCAGAGAAGAACAUCGGUGAUUCUAAGAUUAUGGACCAGCUGCGGAAAAUUCCCAAGGGCGAUGUUGAAAUCAUCUACCGAUGA